CAAUAAUCAAUACUAGGGUUUCGGCGCGCCGGGUUUUAAAUUUUCAUGCCUCAAAUCUUCUCCGUCUCAACGCUCCUCUUUUGCUGAAAACUUAACACCACCAUGAGCAGGUCAGGCCAACCGCCGGAUCUGAAGAAGUAUAUGGACAAGAAGCUCCAAAUUAAGCUGAAUGCCAAUCGUAUGAUCAUUGGCACACUUCGGGGAUUUGACCAGUUCAUGAACCUAGUUGUUGACAAUACUGUGGAGGUGAAUGGCAACGAGAAAACUGACAUAGGGAUGGUGGUUAUCAGAGGAAACAGUGUAGUCACUGUCGAGGCACUUGAACCUGUUAACAGGACGCAGUGACUUCUGGUUCAUCUUCACAAUUAUCAUGUUUCAUUUGGUGUGCAUUUGAAAUAGGAAUUGUUGAGAUAUGCUAAUACUGGAUCUUCAUGCUGGCGAUUGUGUGCAAAUCAAUUCUGUCAGCUCAGAAUACCUUUAGAAUGACCUAGCUUGACAAAAUUAUGGUUAUAUAUAACUUUUAGUUGGAUUUGAAUUUUAAUGUAUUGCAUUUUUGUGCGAGCGAGCGGGCAUAUAAUAUAUAUUUGCGUUGCCAGCUUA